AAGAUCUUGUUUGUCAAUGGAUUGCAGAAGGUUAUAUUGAAGCAAAGGGAAAUGCAUCAAUGGAGGAUGUUGCAAAAAGCUAUUACAUGGAAUUAAUUUGUAGGAGUUUCUUACAACCUGACCCUGAGUAUGUGGAUAUGUCGAGAUGCACAAUUAAUGAUUUGUUGCGAGCACUAGCUGAGUUUUUUGCAGGUGAUGAAAGUUUUUCAGGCGAUCCACAAGAAGUACAAAGCACAGAUUCAAUGAAAAAACUACGCCGUUUGACAAUUACAAGUAAUAGGGAAAGUGAGAGCAUUCCACAUCUUGAUUGCCUAAGAAGCUUGCGGUUAUGGACUCCUCCAAGUUUUAACACUCCAAGUUUGAACACACAAGUGGUUGGCAACUUAAAGCAUUUGCGUUUAUUAUUUCUCAAUGGAGAAAAGAUUGAGAAUAUUCCAGACAGUAUAGGGGGUUUAGUGCACUUGAGGCUUUUGGAUUUGGGGCAUACAUGCAUUCAUAACCUACCAGAUUCUCUGGGAAAUCUCAUUAAUUUGCAAUUCUUGUUGCUUAAUAAAUGCAAGUCUUUGCAUAUCCUUCCAAAAAGCAUAACUAAGCUAUACAAUUUGAGGUGGCUUCGGAUACUAGAUACACCUUUGAAUUAUGUACCAAAGGGCAUAGGCAAGUUGGAACACCUUCAUCAUGUGAAAGGAUUGAUCAUCGGAGACAGUGGUGAUGAUGGAGAAGAGGGAUGCAACUUAGAAGAGAUACAGAUGCUUGAAAAACUCAGUUACCUUUCUAUAAGAAACUUGGAGAAAUCAAGCAUCAAAAGUUCUUCAGUACUGUCAAGCAAGACUCAUCUCAGAACACUAGGGCUUCGUUGCACAUUUAAUUACACUGAUGGGCAUAUUCAACAGCAAGAGAUGGACAAGAUUGUGCAAGUCUUUGAUGACCUAUGCCCCCCGCCAUGCCUUGAAAAGCUAGGGAUUGAAGACUAUUUUGGUGGUCGAUAUCCAAACUGGAUGUCGUCAUCCACUUCCAUUACUACUGCUCUUCAAGAGUUGAUUUCUUUGCAUUUAAUUAAUUGCUCAAAUUGCCCUCAUCUUCCCCAACUUGGCCAACUUCCACAGCUCAAGUAUCUGAGGAUAGAUGGAGCAACUGCAGUUGUAUCAAUUGGCCCUGAAUUUCUCGGUAAUUAUAAUGUUGAACCUACAGAAAUUGCCUUCCCUAAGCUUGAAACCCUCGUAUUAGAGAACAUGAGUAAUUGGGAGGAAUGGUCAUUGAUCCUCAGUGGAGAAGAAGAAGAAGACAACGAGCCUGAAUCUAGCAAGGCAUUAAUGUUCUUCCCCCAUCUCAAAAGCAUUUUCAUUCUUAAAUGCCCUAAGCUGAAAGCUCUUCCAAGUGGCUUAAAUCGGGUUAACAUGGCACCGUUGUUCAUUAGAGUAGCUCACAGUCUUUCAAGGGUCUCCCAUCUCCCUACCUUGGAAGUACUGCAAGUCAUUGAUUGCCCAAUGCUGGAGUGUGUGGAGAAGCUUGAAGGUGAUUGAUUAUGAAAAGGACAACGCUAGUCUCCCUCAGUGGCUCAUCUAUUUCCUCCAACAACGUGAAGAAAAGCCUCAUGAGGAUGAUCUAUUCAAGUUGCAUUUGGAGUGCAGUGCCCAAGCACUAAAGGGAUGUUUGAAAGGGCGUCCACACUGGUCGUUCAUCCAGCAAGUACCACGCUUCAUAGGCUAUGCAGAGGAUCAAAGCAUGUAUUUGAAGUACACCAAAGAACCAUAUUACUAUGAAACCAACAUCACUGAUGAGGAUUAGGAGGAUGAAUCCUUGAUUUGAAUUAGAUUACCAUUGAAAAAUGACAUCCGAACACCCAUUACUUCUGGCAAAUCAAUAUUUGACUUGAUCAUGACUCAAGUGUAUGAUAAUAAUUUCAUGGUUUCAAGUUAUACAGAGAGGACUGGCAUUCUCUUGUGGGGGGUGGAUUCUUUUCUUCUUCGUGUUUUCUUUAAUUUUCAAUGUGAGUUGAGCUUGAAUCCACAUCUCCUUGACUGUGAAUUGUGAUAUGCAUGGUUCUGUUACUACUCUGAUGAAGCUCUCCGGAGGGGGAGUGUUCUUGUUUCUUUAGUAUAAGGGUGGAUUUCAUUAUAUGAUCUGCAAUUAUGCAUACUUGCAAGGAAUUCUGCGAUUUAUUAGUUCCUCAACUACAAUUCAAUCUGAUGAGGAGGAUUCGUAGGAGAAUUUUAUGUCUGAUUGGUGGCUUAAUUAUGCAGAUAAGAGAGCUAGAAUGAAAUUUGCUUCAACUUGUUGAAUGAGAUGUGGACAUGUAUAAUGACAGAACUCCAUUGCAUUGUUUCAGGGUCACACUGCCCAAGCAUUGGUGCCAUGUAUGUAUGCCUUGUGAAGUAGCUGCCAUGUGGAAUGGUGGAUAAACAUAUUUUUAUGGCAAAUAUGCGAGACUUUAUUAUGACUCAUCAGCAUGACAUACAGUUUCAGAGUACAAAUUACUUGGGUUCUUCUGAGUCAGUCAUAUGCAUGCAGUUAUAUGCAUGCAGAUAUUUAUGUCUUGGAUGUGCAGAACUUCUGAAAAUACUGUGGAGCAUGGCUUGUGCGUAUGCUAUUCUGAUGAUGCUCUCUGGAGGGAAAGUACAAGUUGUGUCUUUGUGAAUAAUAAUACUAGUAGUGGAUAUUUAUUAUGCUAGGAAGGGCUCAGGUGAUCCCUUGACUACAAUUCAAUAUGAUGAAGUUAGUUUCGACAUGUAUAACAACUGGAGUAAUGGCUGAUAAACAUAAUUUUUAUGGCAAAUUGUGACUUGAGGACUCAACUGCAUGAUGGUUUGAGCUUACAAAUCACUUAGUUUCAACUUUCAACUUGAGUGUCCAAGCACUAAAGGGAUGUUUGAAAGGGUGUCCACAUUGGUCGUUCAUCCAGCGAGUACCACGCUUCAUAGGCUAUGCAAAGAAUCAAAGCAUGUAUUUGAAGUACACCAAAGAGCCAUAUUACUAUGAAACCAACAUCGAUGAUGAGGAUUAGGAGGAUGAAUCCUUUAUUUGAAUUAGAUUACCACUGAAAAAUGACAUCCGAACACCCAUUACUGGCAAAUCAAUGUGACUUGAUCAUGACUCAAGUGUAUGAUAAUAAUUUGAUGGUUUCAAGUUCUACAGAGAGGCUUGACAUUCUCUUGUGGGGGGUGGAUUCUUUCCUUCUUCGUGUUUUCAUUAAUUUUCAAUGUGAGUUGAGUUUGAAUCCACAUCUCCUUGACUGUGAAUUGUGAUAUGCAUGGUUCUGUUACUACUCUGAUGAAGCUCUCUGGAGGGUGAGUGUUCUUGUUUCUUUAGUAUAUGGAUGGAUUUAAUUAUAUCAUCUGCAAUUAUGCAUACUUGCAAGAAAUCGUGCGAUUUAUCAAUCCCUCAGCUACAAUUCAAUCUGAUGAGGAGGAUUUGUAGGAGAAUUUUAUGUCUGAUUGGUGUCUUAAUUAUGCAGAUAAGUAGAGCUAGAAUGAAAUUUGCUUCAACUUGGUCACAGUGCCCAAGUACUCUAUUAGUGUUUGCAAGCCUCUGCAAAGGACAGAAGCAUGUAUUUAAAGUACACCAAGUGAACAUUAUUUUAUCAAACCAAUCUUGAAUUCUUGAUGAAAAUAUAUCAAUUGCUGCUGCAGAUAAAGAGGAGAAUGAAAUAGCUGCCAUGUGGAAUGGUGGAUAAAUAUAUUUUUAUGGCAAAUAUGCGAGACUUUAUUAUGACUCAUCAGCAUGACAUACAGUUUCAGAGUACAAAUUACUUGGGUUCUUCUGAGUCAGUCUUAUGCAUGCAGAUAUUUAUGUCUUGGAUGAACAGAACUUCUGAAAAUACUGUGGAGCAUGGCUUGUGCGUAUGCUAUUCUGAUGAUGCUCUCUGGAGGGAAAGUACAAGUUGUGUCUUUGUGAAUAAUAAUACUAGUGGUGGAUAUUAAUUAUGCUUGGAAGGGCUCAGGUGAUCCCUUGACUACAAUUCAAUAUGAUGAAGUUAGCUUCAAGUAGUUGAAUGAGAUGUGGACGUGUAUAACAACUCGAGUAAUGGCUGCUAAAUAUGAUUUUUAUGGCAAAUUGUGACUUGGGGACUCAACUGCAUGAUGGUUUGAGCUUACAAAUCACUUGGUUUCAACUUUUAACUUGAUUUAAUGUCAUGAGUUUUUCUUUUGCAAAAGAGUUAGUAUUCCAAUCAAGUCUUUGAUGAAUCUUUGGUUGGGAGUGCUGUGUUUUUUCAUUGAGUAAUGUGACGAUGCAACCUUUGCUCUCUUUAUUUGACAAUUUCUUAUUUUGUAUGAUAUGUAUAUCUUUUGGUGACAGCCGCAUAGGGGGACUGAAGCUUGAAUUUCAAUUACAGCACCAAAGGAAUGAGACGUGGACAAGCAUGACUUGUUAUUGUGGGAAGGGCUAGGACUUGGGGUAGGUGACGGUGUUGGAAAUUGGCACAGGAACAAUGAUAAUAAAAAGGUUCUUCUUGGACUUGAAGGUGGUCACAUGGGAAGGAUGGUACGUGGUUCGGGCACUUGCUAUCAGGGUAUUCAUUGCCGAUGGAUGACCCAAACCAAAAGAAAGAACAGAAUAAAGAGGAAGGAGUUGGCGGAACAUGGAAACAUGCAAUCAAAGUUUCUUAUGAGGCUACUCAGCAAGCUUUUCCAGGGGGAGUAAUUUUGGCACAUCUAUAUCACAAGAGUUUUAAAAGUUGGCAAAAGAAUGCAGUCACAAGUUUUUUAGCAGAGCAAAAUAUACAAGUCGGAAAGCCUUCUGACUUCUUUUAACAUGAGCGUGUUGCUUCUCUCGUCUGAAUUACUAUAGCUUUUGCUAUUAUUUUCAUUCAUGAAAGUCUAUUCAUGAAUUAUCAUAUAUGUUCAAUUGCACGAUUGGUUUAUACAUAGUAAAUGUAUCUUGGAAGAAAUUUAACAACAUUUGGUUGAAUUUUUUGAA